UAAAGUUAUGUGUUGUUAAAAAAACUUCCUGAUUCUUUAUUUUUAAUGGAGUAGAUGACAUUCUUCUGGGCAACCCUUUGGGCCGGCCCAUUUUCUGUUCUGUAAUAACAAAACCGAAAAAUCUUGUUAGGUAAAACUUGGUUUGAUUAGGGUUCUUUUGAAUAUAUAGCUUAUCAUUGUGCCUCAAUAUUGUUCCGUUCACAGAUUUUUAUAGGAGAAGCAUAAUACUAUUUGGUUCAAUAUGGGAAAUAUCAAUGAGUUAUGUGACGAUUUGCUGGUGAAGAUUUUGCUACAAAUCCCGACAGAAGAGGUUGUCGCGACGUCGCUUUUGUCCAGACGAUGGCGUUCCGUCUGGAAACUCGUUCCAAAGCUUGAUUUUCGUGACUAUUCAUACAAAUAUCACGCCACAUCCGCCGUGCCUUCAGAGUUCAUCGACAAGUUCUUGGAGCGAAACGUAGCCCCUGCUCUAGAAACUCUCCAUCUCAACCUUUAUCAUCUCCGAGAUUACUCCCCUGAAUCCUUCGAAAAAUGGGUUAACGUCGCGGUUGCUCGCAACGUUCUCGAUCUUAACCUUCUCUACUGCCUUCACUGCCGUUACCCUAUACGCUUUCCCACGAGCCUGUACACGCACGAAACCCUAGUGGUGUUACGCCUCCGAGGAACGAUCAUCGACGACGUCCCUUCGAAAACACGUCUCCGGAGCCUCAAGACUUUGUCUCUUCGAGAUAUGAGCUUCUCGAGCGAUCAAACCGUUGAUAGGUUUUUGUCUUGCUUCCCUGUUCUCGAAACAUUGGUCGUACGUGGGUGGAUAGCCAGCAACGUGAAGACUUAUUCGAUUUGCGUGCCGUCGCUGCGGAGCUUAGACGUGGAGGAGUUAGUAGGUGGUUAUGCUGAUCCGAGAUAUGAUCAUGGAUACGUGAUCGACGCUCCUCGUUUGAAGUUUUUGCAUAUGGUUGACCAUUUUAGCGGGUUUUGUUCGUUGGUGAACGUCCCUGAGGAACUGGAAGCGGAGAUCCAUCUUAGGUUUUGUGAUUCUGACAAGCUUCUGGGAUCUCUUACCUCAGCGAAACAGCUUUCCUUGUGUUUAAAACCACAAAUGGAUUCAUGUCUAAAAGGCGACUUUGAUCAGCUCGUGUUUCUAGAGCUUUGUGUCAUGUGCUCCUUAGAUUGGUUGAAUGUUAUCCUCAAACAUUCUCCUAAACUCCGAGCUCUCAGGCUCUCGAGAACGAGACACAGCUGCCAGAAUUCUAGAAAUGUCCGAACUAACUGGGAGCGACCGAUUUGUAUUCCUGAAUGUUUGACGUCCAGUCUCGAAACUGUGGAGUGGAUUGCAUAUGAAGGAACAGAAGAAGAGGAAAAUGUGGUGAAGUAUUUGUUAGAGAAUGGGAACCUUUGCUUUAAAAAGCGUUGGCGCAAGGCUGUUUAUGGCAAGUUCAGUUAUGAAAUUCUUAGAUUGGGGCGAGGCUAGCUCAGGCGACGGAGAUACCACCUUUGUGCACUUUUGAAG